AUGACAUCCAAGCAAGAUAACACCUUACAAGCUGCGGCUGAAGAUACCAUCUCUCCCGCAUCUGCAGCAUCUGAUGCCCAGUCUACUGAAGCUACCAGAAAAGACACCAGGACUCUUGAUGACUAUCUCAAGAUCCAACAGCGAGAUAUGACAGCGCCUAAUAGGGCAAGAAGCACUUGGAACCAGAUGACCUAUUCGGCACCUGGUCAAGGUACAGAUACGGACACGGGCGAGGCGAAUCGAUCAUCACUCAAUCGAUGUGCUCAUUGUUCGGGCUCGACCGCAUCCGGAGGAUGGUCCUGUAUCAAACAUGUUGGAUGUGCCUGUCAUGGUGCUGCUCUAAUCAUUGGCGCUUGUGGGAUAUUCGUCCAGAACUCCUGA